CUUUUCAUCGCUGUCAAUCAUUAUAAAAAAAAUAAGUGUGCGACAAUCGAGAAUAAAAACAUUAAGCUUUAAAAAGGUGACAUGUCUGCAGUUUUUCAGCCAUGGGCAACAAACAAGUAAAAUUACACUUUGAAACAGCCCAGAAAACGGGUGUCUUGAAAAUUUCUCAGAUGAGAUUGAAUGAAUUUCCUUCCGCAUUGAAAACAUUUCCCAAUGUGCUUAAAACAUUAGAUUUAUCUGAAAAUCGCUUCACCGAACUACCGGACGACAUCAAGAAAUUCACAAUCUUGAAGCACCUGAAUGUAUCUGGGAACCGUUUAAUGUCCCUGCCGGAGGCCUUUGAAAUAAUGACCAAGUUAGAAACCCUGAAUGCAAGCCAUAACUUGAUUGAGAGACUACCAAUGCAGUUGGGUCAAUGCAAAAACCUGAAACAAAUUCAUCUGAGUAACAAUCAGAUAUGCGAGUUCCCCAAAAUGGUAUGUGGAUUACGACAUUUGGAUUUACUCGAUUUGUCACGGAAUAAAAUCACCAGCGUACCACCGGAAGUUGAAAGCUUGCAAGUCACAGAACUUAACGUUAAUCAAAAUCAAAUAUCGGAAAUAUCGGAAAACAUCGCCAAGUGUAGCAAACUCAAAACCCUUCGAAUAGAGGAAAACUGUUUGCAAGCUAACGCCGCAUUAUCUAACAUUCUAAAAGAUUCGCAAGUUUGUAACUUGUCUAUUGAUGGUAAUUUAUUUAACUCGAAGGCCUUUGCUGAACUGGAAGGUUACGAGGCUUACAUGGAACGCUACACUGCGGCAAGAAAAAAGAUUUGUUAAUUUAAUUUAUGCUUUAGAAUCUGUCAAAUAAAAUAAAACUGCGAUAUGAAUUAAGCUAUUUUUAA